CUCUCUCUCUCUGCAACAUCCCGACGAGACUCGCCGCACUGGCAUAAGAUUCCUCCCCCCUCUCCCCCCCCCCUCUCUCUCUCUUCCCUUUCCCUCUCUCUCUCUCAAACUCCCCAGAAAGCAAGCAGCUGUCUUUCUCUCUCUACUUCACACCACCGCCAUGGCUUUCCACCGCGGAGCUUCUGCACUGCCCGAGGGAAGCACACCACCCCAGAUAUAAGUGCUUCAGUGGUCCUCUGCUUUUACCGUUUGUUACUUCUCCGCUGUCAUGGGUUGCGCCACCUCGAAACUCGACGACCUCCCCGCGGUGGCUCUCUGCCGGGACCGCUGCGGCUUCCUCGACGAGGCAAUCCGCCAGAGGUACGCCCUCGCCGAGGCCCACGUCGCCUACACGCGCUCCCUCGCGGCCGUCUCCCGCUCCCUCCACCACUUCCUCGAGCACAGUGGCGUCGCCGAUUCGGGCCACAUUUCGUCCCCGGUGCUGGAUUUGCCACCCAAGGGCAAGGGAGGCGAAACGGCAGUGACCUGCCCUGCUUCUGAAGAGGCCGUCGUACACGGCGGGGACUCCCUCUCGGACUCCGGCUCCCACCUGAACUUCCACUACGACACCGACGAGUCCUCUUCGUCUCUGCACCCUCACAGCGGGCACAUGUAUAUCAGCACCGACCAUGAGGAUGGCGCGUUGAGCUCGUUCCAAGGUGGGGUCUUGCACAUGAACUACAUGCAGAGCAGGGCAGCCCCAUCUCGCGUCGUCUAUGAGCAGAGGCCUCCGAUGAUGAGUGAAGGGACUGUCCGCUACUUCGGUGAAGAAGAAAAAUCCUCCCUUUACUAUCCCUUCUCAUACCAUGAGGCCAAUGUGUAUCCCAACAGCGGCGCAAGCUCUUAUCUUGACCCCUUCUAUUCGAGUCCGCCGCCAAAUUACGGAUCUUCGUCUGCAGCCUCCUCGUCGAGACCGCCACCUCCACCGCCUCCCCUUCCCCGAGCUUCAGCGUGGGACUUCUUGAACCCUUUUGAGACCUACGACAAUAAGUACGAUUCGCAGUAUUCUUCAAGCAGUCGGGACUUGACGGAGCUGAGGAAAGAGGAAGGUAUACCUGAUUUGGAGGAUGAGCAUGAGGUAAUGGUGAAGGAAGUGGAUGGGGAUCAUCUGGAGUUUGGUGAUGUUGGGCACAGCAAACCUGUAGAUGCUGAUGUGGUUGCUCAUGAUCCUGAAGAUAGUAAAGUUCAAGGGGAGGCCUCAGUUUCCGAAACUGGGUCUAGUGGCGUUUCAGUGGAUUCCGAUUCGGUGGAGUACGAGGUGCAUGUUGUGGAGAAUGAGGUUCAUGGUAGCGAGCCUAAGUCUAGUAAUGGAGGUGGCAGUGCGAUGGGGCCUAAAGUUUAUCGAGGUCUUUCUGAAGUGGUGAGGGAAAUUGAGGUUCAGUUCGAGAGAGCAUCUGAAUCAGGGAACGAGAUCGCCAAGAUGCUUGAAGCAGGAAAGCUUCCUUAUCACCGUAAACAUCAUCAAGCAGUCACUUCAAAGUUGGUGCUUACGGGUACUCCGUCCACAGUGUCUUCAGAGCCUUCCACAUCCGGUACCGAGCCGCCUUCCUCCUUUGAGGGGACUGGACCUGCCCAGUUGGGCUUUGAGGAAGAGGUGGGAAUGAAGUCUGGAAAUCUUUCUUCUACGCUGCAGAAGUUGUACCUUUGGGAGAAGAAGCUAUACAAUGAAGUGAAGGCUGAGGAGAAGAUGCGUGUAGUUCAUGAUAGGAAGGUUGAGAAGCUAAAGCGAUUGCAUGAAAGGGGUGCUGAGGCUCACAAAAUGGAGUCGACUAGAGCAGUUGUCAGAACCCUCUCUGUUAAGAUAAGGAUGGCAAUUCAGAUUGUUGACAAGAUAUCUAUCACAGUAAAUAGGAUCAGAGAUGAAGAACUUUGGCCGCAAUUGAAAGAAUUAAUCCAAGGUUUAACGAGAAUGUGGAAGUCCAUGCUUGAAUGCCAUCGAAGUCAGUGCCAAGCAAUGAAGCAAGCUCGGAGCUUUGACCCCAUAGGAUCUGGGAAAAAACUGGGCAGUGCUCAUAUGGAUGCCACUUUACAGUUUGAGCGAGAACUUCUUUAUUGGACUGAGCGAUUCUCAAUGUGGGUGAGUGCUCAGAAGGGCUUCGUCAGGGCUUUGAACAAUUGGCUUCUAAAAUGCCUUCUCUAUGAACCUGAAGAAACCCCUGAUGGCAUCGUUCCCUUUUCACCGGGUAGGAUUGGUGCUCCUCCCGUGUUUGUGAUCUGCAAUCAGUGGUCUCAGGCUUUGGAUGAAAUCCGCGAGAUGAAAGUGAUUAGUUCAUUGCAUGUUUUUGCCACGAGCGUUUUCCAGCGGUGGGAGAGGGACAAGGUAGAAAUGCAGCAGAUGAUUGUGGCGGAUAGGGACUUGGAGAGGAAAGUUAGGGAUGAAGACCAGAAAAUACAGAAGGAGAUUCAUGCGCUCGAGAAGAAGAUGGUUUUGGUGUCAGGAGAAGGUGAGACACUCUCAGCAAGUGGGCGUCUUGUGUACCAGAGUGAUGUGAGUGGUUACAACUUCCAAGCUAGUUUGCAGAGAAUUUUUGAAGCGAUGGAGAGUUUCACAGAGCAGUCCGUGAGACUAUACGAGGAACUCUUGGAAAGGAGUGCACAACAGGCUAACUCGGGAGCACAAGAGGAUUAAGGGUAGGCGGAAAAGCAGAAGCUUCCCUCUGUAUCUCGGGCUUACGGACCUUUUGCUGGGCUUCCAUCUAAAGAGCUCAUGAGGACUGCUGGACUGCUUGUCCUUUCGGGCUUGGGCUGCUGAAUGAGGCCCGUUGGUCAGAAUCGAGAUGUCUGAUUAGCAUGCCAACAAGGAGAGAGCAUUACAUGGACAUUGCCCACUGGGACCUCUUUAUGAUUUGGAAGGUUGGACUUAAGAAGCAUGUUGAACCCGCCAUAUUUAGAGGAUGGGACUUAUGAUUCCUGUUCAUAUAAUAAUCCUUCGUUGUACUGAUGGAUCUUUUCCGGUACCCUGGUGCUGCAUGCACCCAAAGAUGAUGAAGCGAUGGGAUCAACAUGCGGCUGGGGCACCAGAACACUUUUCUCUCUCAGGUGCAUGGUGCACCAGGGUGUUACGAUUCGAUAUCUGCUGCAAGGAAGAAUGAAGGCACCAUUGGUUUUACUGUCGUGCACUGUGUCAAAACAUUUAGCCAAAUCUUUGUGCAUUAGCUGAAUUUUCUUGCUUCUCGUGUCUCAUGCUAUAUUCCCAUGAGGUUGCAUGUGCAGGCUAUUCGACGGCAUGAGAUGGUACGACCCUGUAAUUUCAAACUGGCUCAGAUAAAAUUUCAGUCCAUGGGACUGACAUUAGUUAUACAGAAUCGUUAGUUGUAAUAGAAGCAGCUUUUUGUAGGAUAAACUCUCUAAUUUUCCAGCUGUCUUAGCUUCUUGUUUAUACCUUAUGUAAUAGAGGACCCUCCUUUUAUUUUGGAUAAGUAGUAAUAAGUAACAGAGGACCCUCCUUGCAUUCUCUUA